AUGUUAUAAAGUCACAAAGAAAAAUUAUAACAAAAAGUGUCAUCAUAUAAGGAUAAGAUAAGAUCUUAAUUGAAAAAAAAAAUAGUUGUUAUUAAAGAUCAAUUGAAAUUGAGACAUUCCAAUAGUGAUUGUAAAUUUAUAUUAUUACUAUCACAAUAGUAUAAUUAGAAACACCAUUCUAUUAACAAUCAAACAUUGCUGCUGAUUUUUCUGAUAUUUAUGAAUUAGGUAUUAAAUUAGGAGAAGGUGCUCAUGCAAUAGUUCAUAAAGCAAUUAGAAAAAGUGAUAAUUAAGAAUUCGCUGUAAAAAUAUUUAGAUCAAGUGAUCCAGAAAUAAUUGCUUCCAUAAGAAAAACUUAUUAGAUUGGAUCUAUGCUUCAACACCCUAAUCUAAUAAAAGUAAAAGAACUAUAUAUUAAUUAAUAAAAUGGAUAUUCCUAUUAAGUUAUGGAAUUAUGUCAUUAUCCAAAUUUAGAAAGUUAAAUAGACAAAUUGAAUCCCAUUGAAAUAAAGACAGUUAUGCGGUAAAUUAUUAAUUAAUUUAACAAUAGUGAAUUGUUGAAUGGAUUACUUUACAUGCAUAAAUAAAAAGUUUGUCAUAGAGACAUUAAACCUGAUAACAUACUAUUUGAUGGUUAAAAUAUUAAAAUCUUAGACUUUGGAGUUAGUAAGAGAUUCUACAUUAAAUAACAAUAUAUUGACAUGUGGACACCAACAGGUACUUAAUUUUAUUGUGCACCUGAGAUAUAUACAAAAGUUAGUUACACUUACAAAGUAGAUUUGUGGGCUGUUGGAGUAUUAAUAUAUAUUUAUUAGUAUAGGUAAUUCUCUAUUAGCUAUUAACAUAAUAAUUACCAUUUCAAGAUGAGACUGCUCAUGGAACAAUUGAAUUAAUAUGUAAAGCAUAAUUCUAAGAUCAUCCAGCUUUAGAUAAAGUUAGCAAAGAUCUUUUAUCUAGAUUAUUAUAAAUUGACCCAAAAAAACGACUCAAUGCAGAAGAAGCAUUACACCAUGUUUGGUUUUAAAAUAAAGAAAUAAAAUAAUAAUGUAUGGAUGAUAUGAUUGUGCAUGAUGGCCUAGUUAAUAAUUCAUCAUUAAUUAUCUAACUUAGUUAAUCAUAAAAUAGGAAUUCUCAUACCAAUCAUUUUCAAACAAAAGUUGAAGCAUUUAAACCUACCAUACAUGUCAAAUAAUCUUCAUUUAGAGAUUAAUCAUGA